CUGUAAUCGGACGCACAAUUUUCAUUGGAUAUUUGUUUCGCACGUUUUACAGGGAAUUAACCUCGAAUGCGACAAAAAGCAAAUGAGCUUGGUGGGAAUUCGAUUUAUUACCUCUCAUUAUCGGAAGAGGAAUCUAUAUAUCUCCUGCAUCAACCACUUCUGUUUAGUCUCUGAGAUUUAACUUAACAAAAUCACUUUGAGAAAUCUUUUGGAACAAAUUUGGAAUUUAUUCACUGGAUUAACACAUCAGAUGUACAAAUUUGGACAAUUGUAACUUGCAAUUCCACGAUGUCAAGAAAAAUGAAUAGUUCCUUUGAUGCAGACCUUUUUAGCCAUUUGAACAUUACUCCGUUCAGUAGUUAUGAUAGAUUUGACGUGGACCUAUCUAUGCCAAAUCUUCUCCGUGAAGAAUCCUGGAAAAUUACUUUCAUCCUUGUAUUUGCUAUUGUGAUUUUCUUUGGAUUCCUUGAAAACUUGGCUAUAGUGAUAGUUAUCAUUAUCAACAAGCAACUUCAUACCGUAACUAACAUAUUCAUUUGUACCCUAGCUCUUUCUGAUAUUAUGCUGUGUGCUUUUAAUUUACCAUUCCAGCUUCAUUACGGGAUCACAGAUUUUUGGAAAUUCGGACCAGUUCUUUGCCGUGUAAUUAUACCAAUGUUUACAAUGCCAGUCUUUGUGUCUACAUACGCCAUGCUAAUGAUAGCUAUUGAACGUUACAUCGUUAUUGUAUUCCCCUUUCGAAAAAAGAUCGCGAAGAAGCAAGCUAUUUGUAUUGUGGUUAUCAUAAUACUAUUUGCGAUGGCUUUCACAGUGCCCGCCAUUGUUCAUACCGAACUUCAAAUUGCUGAAUAUGACAUGCGACCUUUUAUUGAUGAGCGAAUAUAUCGCCCAUUCUGUCUUGAAGCUUGGGAAGAAAGGUCAAGCAGAAUAUACACAAUAUUUGGAUUUGCUUUUCAAUUUGUGAUCCCCAAAACCUUAAUAUCGGUUUUGUAUUUUCAAAUUUAUCAAGUACUCAAACGAAGACCUGUGAAGCGUAAAGAGACCAGAAGAAAUUACCACAUUACGAGGAUUCUGGUCUCCAUAACGAUUCUGUUUACUCUAACCUGGCUUCCCUUCCAGCUCUUUAGCAUCACAUUGUACUUUAGUCCCGAUAUAUUUCAAACACUUGGUGCAGCCUACAAAUUGGUGGAUCUAUUAUUGAAAAUUAUUGCCAUGAGCUCUUCAUGUAUUAAUCCAUUCUUUUACGGUUGGUUAAACAACAAUUUCAGGCGGGAAAUGGGAACCAUGCUGGGGCGAAAUCUAAAAAAGAUACAGAAGAGUACAAAUGGUUUUACAACGUACAACAAUACUAACCUAAAUUCCAAUGAGGACAAUGAAAGAUCGAGUUCUAAAAUGGAAGGAAGUGGCCUGUUGUAGGAUGUUAUUUUUAAAAAAAUGCUGCUUGUAAUUUCGUGUCACUAGCUUUGUGAUCUCGGCUUAAAAGAGAGACAAAUUUACAUCGAACUUUAGGUUUGUGAUAU